AACACAGCCAUUAGAAGGAAACAAAGGCUCUCUGGUGUUGGUAGGCUAAUACAUAGACUACAUCUGAAGAAGAAAAAAAAGAAACAGCCCCGCCAGCUGACUGGUAUACGGGACCUUUAAUGCAGCUGCAGCUCUUCAUUCAGAUGCUGAGUGGAGCAGCGGAUGACCGGAGGAGGGACGCUUUUCUAGGAAAACCAGAACACAGCUCUAUUCUAAUCGCAUUUUUAAAACCCACUUUGACGCCCACUGAGGGAUUUUUGCCCCCGGUGCGUAUAGCAUUCACCUGAGAAAGUGCUGUCCUGGAUGCAGACUGAGCGGAUUGCGGCAAUCAAAGUGUCCUGGAUGAUCGGAGCUCAGCAGCAGCAGCAGCAGCAGCAGCAGCAGCAUCACAUUGUAUGAAAUACGUCACCACGAUCCAGUUUUCCCAUUUACACAUAUCGUCUCUCCACUCACGGACUGUUCCCCGUACUGACUAUUUCACCAGGUAACCACAUGCGCGGGCCGGUGUCACCGCGCUGAGCCCGGAGAGCACGAAGGGUACUGGGGUCAGAGAGACAAAAGUGGACCGGGAAGGUGGACCGGAUGACAGCCAGAACCUCUGAGGCCUCGGGACUGUCGGUGCCGCUGCACCGCUGUAACGGGGUUCUCCAGGCCAACAACGGCACCUGCGCGGAGCAGCUCAGCCUCUUUCCGCCGUUCUCCUCCACCCUCGCGCUCCUCGUGCUGGUGGCCGUGCUCGUGGGGAUCAUCCUCGUUUCCCUGGCAACGUUCCACUUCCACAAGAGGAAGCUCCGGAAUAGGAAGAUCCAGCGCGCGCAGGAGGAAUACGAGCGCGACAGUCGCAGCCCCGCGCGCGCCGGGGCGAGCGGGGAGCCCGCGAGGCCGUGCGUCAUCGUCCGACCGGUGAGAUGUGAGGAGAAGCUCUCGUGCCAGAGCACGGACAGCGGGGACGUCACCGCAGCGGCUGAGGACAAACAGGCGCUGCACGAGACGGUUCCCCUUGACUGUUAACUUAGUGCAACUUCAGGGAAUGAGACUGUGGAAUUAACAGGAAAAGCAAUAAGGCACAAAGAACUCCCACACCCAUCUCUGCUGCUUGUAGACUUAGAAACAGCAGGAAAAAAUAAAUGCAGAAUACUCAGCAGAACAGUAGUCCUAGAGGUAACACUAGUACUACAUUGGCAAAUACUAGACGGGUGACAAAUUAAAGGAAAAACCUGAACAAAUGAGUGGAGAAACACAACAAAUGUAGAUGCUUCCACACAGGUGCACUGCAUGGUACAAGUAAGCAAUUCACAUCCAAUCAAGCUCUGUGGCAUGUAUAAAAAUGCUGAGCAGACCCAGUUGAUUCUGAUUUUGUAUCAAGAUGACAAGAGGUAAAGAUCUAAGUGACUUUGAAAGAGGGUUUAUUGUUGGGGCAAGGAUGGCAGGAGCUUCAGUCACAAAGACUGCUCAACUGGCCAGUGUUUCAAUCGGAACAGUGACUAAAGUGACAUCUGCAUUUAGCUCUUUGGGAAAGACAUCAGUAAGUAGGGUUGGAAAUUGUGGUCGACAGCGCACAUUAGAUGACCGUGAUGCACGUGCAUUAGUGCGAUAUGUAAGGAAAAACAGAACAGCAACUCUUCCUCAGGUGACCGAGAUUGUCAAUGCAGGACGUGGUCAGACUGUGUCAGCAAGAACAGUCCGUCGACAGUUGCAUAGAGAGGGAUAUAGUAAGAUUGCAGUGCAGAAACCCCUCAUUACAAAGACGAACGCACAUUUGAGAGUUCAGUGGUGCAAAAACCAUCAGCACUGGUCUGUAGAGAUGUGGAAAAAAGUGAUAUGGUCAGAUGAGUCAUUCUUCACCAUAUUCUCCACAAGUGGGCGAGUGAAUGAGUGGCAUACACCAAGAGAAAGGUACAGGCUAGAAUUCUUGACCCCUUUAGAGGGGGGAUCCGGUGGCUCUCUUAUGAUGUGGGGGGCAUUUUGCUGGCAUGGUUUGGGUCCACUUGUCACCUUAGAGGGAAGGGUCACUGAAAAUCAAUACAAAGUUGUUCUGAGUGAUCACCUUUAUCCUAUGAUGAAACAUUUCUAUCCUGAUGGGAGUGGUCUCUUCCAGGUUGACGAUGCCAUUCAUAGGGCACAAGAGGUCACUGAAUGGUUUGAGGAGCAUGAAAAUGAUGUGAAUCAUAUGCCAUGGCCUCCACAGUCACCAGAUCUCAACCCAAUGGAACACCUGUGGGAGAUUUUGGACCGAGGUGUUAGACAGCGCUCUCCACCACCAUCGUCAGAACACCAAAUGAGGGAAUAUCUUUUGGAAGAAUGGUGUUCAAUCCCUCCAGUAGAGUUCCAGAGACUUGUCGAAUCAAUGCCAAGGCGCAUUGAGGCUGUUCUGGCGGCACAUGGUGACCCAACAACUUACUAAGACACUUUAAGUUGUUUUUUCCUUUAAUUUGUCACCCGUCUGUAGGUUAGCUAUGUGGUCACACUCUUUCCUCUUACACUAGUAUUUAGCCGACCAAUAACUCCUUAUGGGACUGUAUAAAGUAUUUGCCUGCUUUGACUUUUGGACCUCCUCUUCCUUCCAAGCCUAAAAUGUUGUUUAAACCUCAAAAAUGUUUAAACUUUAAAUCCUCCCUAGGAUGUGACACAUGGUUGUGUUAAAUUAUUAAGAGUUGACGACACAAUACAGACCAUAAUGGCUUGCUGAUCUGCCUUGGCAUGUCCUCUGACACACUACCAGUAUGUAGUUAGACUAUAAUGGAUGUUGUGGUGCUGUUAGGCAGUGCAAAGCUGCAUAUAGGCUAUAGAAAUAGCUUAUUUGUUUGCAUAGUAUUUUUUCCUUCAAUUAAGUGACUUAGCAUAUUUGCAUAAAGUACUGUCCUCCAAUGUCUGUUAGACAUCUGUAGGUAGCUCUAGUUAGCCUGACAGGAUGCAAGACUUUUUUGCUGUAGUUAUGCACAUAAGAUUUUUUUCUUUAACGUGUCAGGUAGUAAGUUUUUGCGCUAAUACAGUAUUUUCAUUUUUGAGUAUUUUUAAUGUAUUCUCUGAAAUGUAAUAAAUUGAGAAUCCUUCCAACAGAGGGCUUCAGUUCAAGCCAAUCUUUUUUUUUUCUUUCAUGAUCCUUCAUAUUGCAUCAUAGUGGACCUAAUAGAAAUUCAGUGUCAUUAAUUAUAUGAGUUCACUGUAAAUGUAUGCCAUUAUGAGAGCUGGAAUGUUUUACAGUAACAUCAUCUUUCUGGAGUUCAUAUAAUCUGCCUUAUCAAAGGAAAAUAUGUAAUAUUCAAAGUUUAUAAAUAAAUACUUACAUUAUGUUAA